GGAGAGAAUUACCGGACAAGAGUGACCAUGGACUUGAUCCUUAACUUUUCCCUAGAAACCUGGGUCCUCCUGGCUAUCAGCCUAGUGCUCUUCUAUCUAUAUGGGACCUAUCCACAUAGAGUUUUUAAGAAGUUGGGAAUUCCUGGCCCGAAACCUCUGCCCUUUUUGGGAACUUUUCUUUAUUAUCGUAAGGGCGUUGUAGCUUUUGAUGUAGAAUGUUAUAAAAAAUAUGGAAAACUUUGGGGGUUGUACGAUGGUCGGCAGCCCUUGCUGGCGAUUACAGAUCCAGAUGUGAUCAAAACAGUGCUGGUGAAAGAAUGCUACUCUACCUUCACAAACCGCCGGUCUUUUGGCCCAAUGGGAUUUAUGAAAAAUGCCGUCUCCAUCUCUGUGGAUGAAGAUUGGAAGAGAAUAAGAACAUUGCUUUCCCCCACCUUCACCAGUGGGAAACUGAAGGAGAUGUUCCCCAUCAUCCGUGAGUUUUCUGAUGGGUUGGUGAGAAACCUGAGACCACAAGCCGAGAAAGGCAAACCUGUGGCAUUGAGAGACAUCUUCGGAGCCUACAGCUUAGACGUGAUCACAGGGACAUCAUUUGGGGUGAACAUCGAUUCUCUCAACAACCCACAGGACAUCUUUGUGGAAAAAGUCAAGAGGCUUCUAAAAGCUGACUUCUUUAAUCCAUUGCUUUUCUCAGUAGUACUAUUUCCAUUCCUUACAUCUGUUUAUGAGGCAUUAAAUAUCAGCAUGUUUCCAAAGGAUGUUACAGAUUUCCUGAGAACUUCUGUAGAAAGGAUGAAAGAAAGUCGCCUCAAAGAUAAAGCAAAGCAUCGAGUGGAUUUACUGCAGCUGAUGAUUAACUCUCAGAAUUCCAAAGACAUGGAGUCCCACAAAGGUCUCUCUGACCUGGAGCUAGCAGCCCAAUCAAUUAUCUUUAUUUUCGCUGGCUAUGAGACCACCAGCCUCACUCUUUCUUUUGCUAUGUAUCUAUUGGCCCUUCACCCUGAUGUCCAAAAGAAGCUUCAAGAAGAAGUUGACAGGACUUUACCCAAUAAGGCACCUGCCACCUAUGAUGCCGUGAUGGAGAUGGAGUAUGUGGACAUGGUGGUGAACGAGGUUCUCAGGCUGUACCCCAUUGCUGGCCGACUUGAGAGGGCGUGUAAGGCAGAUGUGGAAAUCAACGGAGUGGUUAUUCCCAAAAACACCGUGGUGAUGGUACCAACCUACGCUCUUCAACGGGACGCCAAGUACUGGCCAGAGCCUGAGGAAUUCCGCCCUGAGAGGUUCAGCAAGAAGAACAAGGAAAGCAUCAAUCCUUACAUCUACAUGCCCUUUGGAGCUGGGCCCAGAAACUGCAUCGGCAUGAGGUUCGCUCUCAUGAACAUCAAACUUGCUCUUGUCAGACUCAUGCAGAAUUUCUCCUUCCAACCUUGUAAGGAGACCCAGAUUCCUCUGAAAUUAAGUGGUCCAGGACUUCUUCAACCAGAAAAACCCAUUGUCCUAAAGAUUGUGUCAAGAGAUGGGACCGUAAGUGGAGCAUGAUUUUCUGCAAAGAUUUUUCUGCUGUGUUCUCCAAAGACAUUGUUUCCAAGAGCACUAGAAAAUCAGUUGAUUGUAUGGGGGAAAAACAGUCCCUCCGAAAUAGAGCCAGGCAUGGUCUC